AUGACAAUUUAUUUAUCACAAUAUUUACAAAAAUAUAUUAUUAAUAUUUAUAUUUUGACAGAAUCAAAUCAACAUGAAGAAAAGGAUACAUUUACAGGAAGAGAAUACUGGUAUUAUAUGUUUAAUGGAGAGAAGAGGGGAAAGAUGGAUCCACUACCAAGUACUACUCGGAUGGUUGAUAUUGCAUUGAGAUACUUCAAUCAAUUCAUUCAAAACAAUAUUCAAACUCUUAAAUGGUCAUUAAAAGAACCCAAUCAUUCUCAUCAAUUAACAUUCAAUUAUACAAAUCAAUUGGUGCAAUUUCUACCUCAACUACAAACCAUCAACCUUCGAUGUGAUGACAAUGCGAAUAUCCCUGUUUUGAUGUCCCUGAAAUCAAUUAGACAACAUAUACUUCCUCACCUCGAAAUCAACAUUGAAUUUCAUCUCAAUGCAAAAAGAACAUAUGGAGAUAUCAUGUGGCCUAUAAAUUCGUUUAGUAGAGGGUUGGGAGUGAACACAGUGGCGUUGGGAAUUCUUUUCUAUUCAAUCGACUUUAUCCCAAUGGUCAGAGAUCUACACCCACAAUCUCUCAAUCUUUACAAUGGAUCCUUGGAGGAAGGAUUUCCUCAUCUCCCAUACUCUAAAUUAUUCAGUCAUCUAACUGGAUCAAUCAAACAUCUCAACAUUGGCUACGAUUUUGUAGAGUUGUCUGAAUUAAGAUUUUUGGUUGAUGACAAUCAAUUUAUGCACUUGGAAUCACUCAAGGUCAAUUUAAUGACCUAUACUUUGUAUGAACUAAAAUCAACUUUCUUACCCGAAUUACCAUUCGAAUUGCCUUUCGAACCAAAUGUUCAAUAUGAAUCUUCAAUGACAGACUGGAUCGAAUUUUGUUCCAAUCUAUACCAAAAUACAACUCUCAAAAGAUUGUAUCUUUGCGAUCGCCCAGGCAAUCAAUCCUCUCGCACCAAAUUACAGACUUUUCAACUGGCAUUUGAAUCAAUCAGGAGUGGUCCUAGCGGUGGAGGUAACUGUAAGAUAGACUAUCUUGCUUUGAAAUGUAUGCCAAAUGUCAUGUCUGUCAACUUUUGGAAUACACUAUGUCAUGUCAAUGGAAUUACCAAACUAUUAUUGACCAAUGGAACAGUCACUGAUGAUAUGAUUCCAUAUCUUGCCAAUCUAGUUUCUACCAACACAACUAUUACAGUUCUAUCAAUUAGAGGUAAUGAGUUGGAUUUUAACAAUGAAUUGGAACAAGCAUUCAAACAAAACAAAACAAUCACAGUAUUGGAUAUUGGCAGAAAUUUUUGUCAAGAUGAUGAUAAUCAUUUUGAUGAACCAUCCUCCUUUUUCAAUGCUUUGUUGUACAGUGAUACAAUACUUGUUCUUGGAAGUUGA